AUGGGUCCUCACCUAAAGAUUGCGAAGAUUGCUCUUCUUGAUGAUGUUGCUGUUAUCCACCUAUCAGAAAAGGGAGAGAGGAUUGUUGAGAAUGAGAAAUGGAAGAAGAAUGAUAAUGAUGUCGACGUCAACGAGAGUGAGAGGAGGGAGAGGGGGAGAGAGAAUGAGAAUGAUGUCGACGUCGACGUCGACGAGAGUGAGAGGAGGGAGAGAAAGAGAGAUAAUAAUAAUGGUGUCGAGAAUGAGAAUGAUGUCGACGUCGACGUCGACGAGAGUGAAAGGAGGGAGAGGGGAGAGAGAACGAGAAUGAUGUUGACGUCGACAUCGACGAGAGUGAGAGGAGGGAGAGGAGGAGAGAGAAUGAGAAUGAUGUUGACGUCAACGUCGAUGGGAGUGAGAGGAAGGAGAUUGAUGAUAUUGCUGAGAGCGAUCUUGAGAAGGAGAACGAGGAUGUGA